AUGGAGCAGCCAUCCUCAAGCUCCAAAGUCACAGUUGAGUACUUUGAUCCCUAUGGGGUAUUCCAGCUACUAUCUCCGGGCCUCCUCCCCCGAUUGCCUCUGCGAAACCUGCACUGGGAAUCCCACGCUGGACCUCUGCGAUCAAUAUCGUCGCUUCAUGUAGAUCUUGUCCCAUCUGCCCAGAGCCCGCCCUCAUUUGUGUCGACUGAAAAUGCGUCUGCGAGUACGUCAAGUCUUGCGAGAGUCAAGAGUCAAGACUCUACUGCGAGUGGGGAUGACGGCUUCCGAACACAAGCGCUGGGAGCUCAGGCGGUAGCUGAAAGGCCAGAGUCUUUAUCUGGACCCCCUAAAGCAGCUGCGAAAGAACGGAGACACCAGAUCCCAGGAUUGCGGCAAACACCAUAUUUAAAGAUUUUAUUUUUACGAUGCGAUGAUAAUGAUACAUACAAGGCGCAGGCACGGCGUCAGGUUCGAGAGUGGGUUAAGGAAAACACACCGCCAACUCAAAGCACAACUAAGGUCACUGCUCAAGAGAACCACGAUGCAUAUGAAUGGCUGGUAGUCCAUGUCAUUGUGCCAAAUACUGCUGCUGCGACUCAGCCGAGGACGAGUGGGAAGGGGGUCGAAGGAAGCUCAGGUUCAAGCUCAGAGAAAUCCACAGCGCGUUGGAGGGGUGGAGGAUCAUCUACCAUACUGGAAAAGUUACGAGCCGACUUCAAUGGUUCUUCCAAAUCUGCCGUCGAUCGUAUUGCCCAAAUACGUAUCGGGAUCAAUGAUGUCCCGUAUGACAUGCUCCCAAGAGUCGUUCCUGCAAUACCUGGUUCAUAUUCCGAGACACCACAGGAGAAUGAAAAUGCCUGGCUGGACCUCAUAGCGAAGUUGAAGUUCCAAAUACUCACAUCCUUUGAUAUGCGCGUUACCCAGUAUGAAGAAGAUAUCCGAGAGAAGGACGCCCAGAGAUCACUACCAGGAUGGAAUUUCUGUACUUUUUUUGUAUUGAAAGAAGGUCUGGCGAGAGGUUUUGAAAGCGUAGGCCUAGUUGAAGAUGCCCUUGUUGGAUAUGACGAACUUGCUGUCGGUCUUGAUCUCAUUGUGAGAGAACAAUCUAUCACUGAAACGGGUGCUCAACAUGGCGGAUCAUUUUUACCCUACACAGAAGAUCUGAAACGCAGAGCUGAAAGGGCAAGAGUUGCCAUCCUGAGGGAUACUGGAGCAGACGAGAAUGUGGAAUCAGAUGAUCCAAUUGAUAUGCAAUCAGUGGCAGUUUCAUCAGAUCAUGAGCGGAGCGAGAUCCCCCUGAACGCAACGAGGAAACGCUACAGGGAGCUCAUACUCGCAAAUGAUAUUUCAAUUUUUGACUUUCGUUGCUAUAUAUUUGCACGACAACUCACUCUUCUACUUCGACUUGCGAAUGCUUCUUCAUCCCAAGAAGAGCUUCUCGCAAAACUCAAAGAGCAGCGAGAAUCGAGCCUGCAGGGUGUUGCUGCUCGACUCCCUACAUCGCAGGCAUCGGAGGAUGCAGAAAGCUUGUCUGUUCUUGGGGAAGUUUGUCGAAGGUCUAUGGACUUCAUGGCAUCCAUCUCACAAAUUAUGCGGGAUGAUAUCUGGCAAUCCUGGCAAGCUGGACAACAAGCAGGAGAAGGGAGUCUUCCUACCUUGGAAGACCCGAUCAUGACCCGAGUUAUGGACAACAUGGUGUCUUCAUUCACAUUUGCUACUGCCCAGCAAAUUCUUGCUCAGACAUCAACAAAGGCAUUACCUAUUCCGCCGUCCACGCUGGCGCCCCCAAGUGGCACCCCCGGGGCAGAUGGGCAAGAGCCCAAAGCAGCAAUUCCAGAACCUAAGACGAUGAUGCAUCCUGCUAGAAGCAGUUCUCUUGCUUUGCGGUCAAGAUCUCGAGAACCUCCAAGUCCGGGUAAGUUUCCUGGUAUGAGAAGAUCCAGUGUUCCGGAACACGGAGCGGCUGCAUCGCCGUUUCUCAAGGCUGGUCUGGAAGAGCUCGCUGGCCAUAGAGCCGAGCUUUACCUAUUGUCAAGAAGUAUUCUGGUACGAAUUGCCAAGGAUCACGGGUGGAGCGUUGGUUGGGAAGAGAUGUCACACCUUGAGGGAGCAGAUGUGGGGGAGAUGCAGGAAGUUGAUCUCAACGAAGAGACAGCGGAUGCUCAACGCCUACUGGUACCUUCACCAUCUCUUCAUGGAAUUGAUAGCAAGCUGCUCCUUACUGCCCUUGACAAUAAGGAGGACUUCUACCGUCUCUACGAGACGUUCACAGACAAGGCACUUCGCCAUUAUACCGUCGCCAAUCAUAUUCAGUCAGUUCAAGGCAGCAUGGCUGACCUAGCUGUUCUCAAGUAUCAUCUUACCGACUUCGCUGCCGCUGCUUCAUACUUCUAUCGUAUGAAACCGUUCUAUCGCGAGAGCGGAUGGGCACAAGUUGAACUGUCGAUGCUCGUGAUGUACGCAAGGUGCCUCAAGGAGUUGAGUCGUAAGGAAGAGUACGUGAAAGUCGUGCUGGAGUUGCUUUCAAAAUCUGCCUUAGUGGAAAACGCUAGACUUCAGAGAAAUUCUGUAUUAAAGUUUGGUCGUGGGGCCAGUCUCAGUCCAGAGAUGGCUCCGAUACAAAAUUACAUUCCUGAGCUGUUGGAAAUUACCAAAGGACUACAGCAUGAAGUUCGUGUUCCUUUGGAACACUUUUUUGGCAAUAUUGAGGUCGAUGGAACUGUCCGGUACAGUUCUGAAAAUGACAGUUUCAGCUUGGAGGUUCGACUUCAAUAUCUUCUGGCUGACGAUAUGCCUAUCGACAGAGCUAGAGUGCGUAUUACACCUCUUACGGGAGACAUGAAUAGAGAGAUAUGGCUCGAAUCCGUUACGUCCAUGGUAUUCAAGAAAGGUGUAGCAAAAUUUGUUAUCCAUAGUAAUGUAACUGUACCUGGUGUAUACCUUGUCAGCCACAUUACCCUCGAAACCAACAAUAUCAUUUUGGAUUAUGAUCACAGUACCUCAGGGCUCUCCUCGCCAAAGGAGAGCACUUAUUUCAAGUGCCCAAAGCUUCUUGUUUACCAUAGACCAGAAGCGUUCGAUGUCCAACUGUACUCAUCAAGGUAUAUGCACCUCGACCGGAAUCGUUCUCUCGAGAUUGUUCUCUCGUCUGGCUGGAACACUUUAGAAUAUGGUGAACUACACGUUCGGGCCGCCACAGCAGGGUUGAGAGUCCAGACCAGCGAAGCCACAAUUUUAUCGGAUUCUCUUGAGCUUUCCAAAAAAGCAGAAGCUGGCGUUGUUCGGUUCGGAGCCAUGGGUUCGCAAUCAAGCGCAAGGAUCGUGAUGCCAUUCAGCCUUGAGCACGAGGUCAAUGACAUUUCUCUCAAGUUGGAAAUAUCAUACACAACUGAUAAAGGAACUUUCUUCUUCGCUACAACAGCAUCGGUAUCUAUCAUGCUCCCUCUCGGCGUGAAUGUCCAGGACGUCUUCAAGCACAGAGCUCUGUUCUCUAAGUUCACAAUUUCAUCUUCCACAGCUAGCCCUCUACGUCUUCUUGGCUCCAAGUUGGAAAGCUCCGAGGUCUUUGAUACUCAUAGCGGACUCACGAUUUCCAGCCCUCUGGUGGUUUUCCCGCGCCAACCUGCGUCAAUACUGUACAAGAUUACGAAAUCCGCACCUAUUGAAACCGCACGCCCAACUUCACGAAGAGGACGAAAAACAACAUUGUCUCUUGUUCUGAACUAUAUCUGUCUGGAAGAAGAAAUCGAGGAUGCCCUGACCAUGAAUCUCAAACAUAUUCUGACUAAUGGCCCGUGGCACCAGUACGUUCGACUUAUUGUGCCCAUUGUGCUUCGUGAACUGCGAAUACGUGUGUCAGCUUACGACCUUGAACGAACUGCGGUUCUCAGCGAGUUUUCAACCUCGAUCAUCUCCUCCGUUAGAUGGCGCGAUCAGUUUGCUGGUCUUGGUCGUAGUAUCGAGCAGAAUCAAGAUAUAGGUAAUCUCAUCGAGGAAUGCCUUCAAGGAUGGAUACAACAAACACCAGUUAUACCACUGAACCCAAUAUCUCUCACAGAUGGCACUCUGGGCAAAAGUCGAUCAAUCAUCAUACCUGUCGACGUGCCAUCUGUGUCAGUUGUGUGCACAGCCGACCUGAAAAUUCUCAAGCCACUCUCUGUCCCUUCCGAUACCAUUAUUGCUGGUUGUAACCAACCUUUGUCGGCAUCCUUAGCAGUCAAGUGCACAAGAAUAUGGGACACGUCACCGGACUCAGAACAUGAUGCCGGCGAGGACGAUGAUAUGGAGUUCUUCUACGAAGUGUCAGGAGCUACUGAUACCUGGAUCAUUGGCGGCAAACGGAAGGGCCACUUCAGAGUACCAAGAAAGUCUUCAGCGCUGGAAGGCAAAUACAAUGUAGCAUUUCCAGUUGUACUUAUUCCUCUUCGUGAAGGGUUUAUACCCUUCCCGAAUGUGGAUAUCAAGUCCAGUCCUAGGCUUCAUAGCUCAGUUGAAGUCAACGGCAGUCCAGCCAAAAAGACUAUUCCAGUCAGCUGCGAGACGGACUACAAAAAUGCUGGAGAGACUAUCAGAGCCAUCACUGAUGCUCUAAAGACAACUGUUAGUUUAGAUGCCAGCGGUCCACAAGGCGGCGCGUGGCUUCUUGAGAGCGAAAGACGGGAUUGGGGAAAUGAGAAAGUUAUUCUGCGCUGA